UCAAUUACCUUCGUAUAAAUAAAACAUCCGGUUUCCCGUGGUCAGCACGCUUGUUUUUCCUGUAAUUUUAUUAAAAUGAAGGGAAGCGAUUUGACCCAGAGUGUGCUUUUGUUUUUCUCACUAAUAUCUAAUGAAUGUCACGCGUUCUUUGACGAAAAAGAUGGAAACUCGUGCAAUAUAUUUUUGCAAGACUUCACUACUGUAUAUAAUAAAUAUUUCGAACUUGUAAACUCACUUACCGUUACGAUGCUUCUGGUUCAACAACAUUUUUAUAUCACCAAAGAUAUCACCAAUGAUAUAUUAAAACAUAUAACUACAAAUAUAAAUACUACGAUUCGAUUGAGGGAGAAGUUUUUAUUGAGUUAUCCUACGUCCAGAAAAUUAAAAGAGGUUCCUCCAGAGUCCAGACAACCGUUUGAGAAAAAUCUCAAACACCCGUACAAUUUAAACAGAGCCAGAAGAAUUACAUCAGAACCAUCUGAAGGGCAUAUGAUUCUGGCAUGGGAUAUAGAUACCUUGGACACCUUUCUGCAAUCGGAUAAAGAUCAGGUAAUAUUAAAUCCGCGUGCAACGCACGCUAUAUUUUUUCUUUAUAAUGUCCCCGUGUGUUUCGAUUGGAGGGAUGAAUUAGAAGAACUCUUGGGGAGACUGUGGAAGAAUUACAAAGUUUUUCAGGUAAGUAUCUGAAUGCGUGACACAGACGUCCUGAACAAUUUUCUUUUAGGUUGUUGCGCAAAUACCAUGCUCUUGCAAUCCAAACAAAGUUUUUAUUUACAAUCCGUUUCAUGUAUUUGAAAAUAGAACUUGGGGUUCUGUAUAUGAUUAUUCCCUUUCUGAAAUCAGAAAUGACCUGUUUCUCAUUGUGAACUCAUUUUAUAAUAUGAAUAGGUACCCAAUGAGAGUAUCCAUGUUUCCAAGAAAAGGUUCUGCAGUAACAAUUAUACCAAAAAUAUUAAGGGCAGACCCAAUCUAUUCAAAUUUAAGCAUGUCAAAAGGAUACGGUGGAAUCGAUGGUUGUCUAUUGGCUUCUUUAUCCCAGCAUCUCAAUUUUGAAACCAUUAUCUAUCCACCUAAAUAUGAUAACUUUGGUACGGUACUAAAUAAUGGAACAAUAACAGGAAGCUUAAAAGAUGUUGCAACCGGAACAGUGGAUUUCUCUGCCAACGGUAGAUUUAUAGUCGAUUAUGGAACUCCAGAUAUUGAAUUCACUAAUACAGUAAUGGGCGACUCUAUAUGCGUCGUAGUACCGAAAUCUCAACAAAUACCCCAAUGGAUGGUGAUUCUAAAAUGUUUCACUUUAGAAGUAUGGCUAUUUAUCUUGGGAGUGUACAUUGUUGUUGUCAUGAUAUACUACGCCUCUAGACCUACGGAACUAAAAUUACUAAAUUUAUCCACAGCCUAUUUUGAAAUUUUCGGCAUUUAUAUUCAUCAGUCCAGAAACUUAAAAAGAGUGAGAGGACAAUAUUUGUUAAUCGGCUCCUUAAUUAUAUUCAGUGUCAUUGUCUGGGGCAUCUUUCAAGGAUCUUUGACAGAAGAAUUUGGCACAAUUUCUUUUUAUCCAGAUAUUAAUUCAUUAGAAGAUUUGGAAAAAUCCACAUUAACAAUCAAAACUUCUCUGACUGUUUUAGAUCACGAUCAGACUGAACUUAUGAAGAAAUUAAGUCAUAGAAAAAUUUAUUCCCCUGAAAAUGCCUUAGCUGCUGUAGCUUACGGCCGGGAUUGUGCCACCUUAGAGAGAAAAAUUGAUGCUAAAUUGUACAUAAAUAUAUACUAUAUGAAAGACGACGUACCAUUGGUGCAUGUUAUGGAUGAAUGUAUUAUCACUUUCUUUGUCGCAUAUAUUGUACCUAGAGGUUCACCGUACUUACCAAUACUUAAUCAUUUUAUCGAGAUAUUUUUUGAAAGUGGUCUGACUAAAAAAUGGCACAAAGACAUUAUAGAUGGAAUGAUAAUGGAGAAAGUACUUUCAAUUACUAAACAUACAGAAAUUCAAAAUGCUUUCAGUUUGUAUGAUGUUCAAACAUGCUUUUUCAUUUGGUGUUUGGGCAUAUUGUUAGCUACCGUAGUCUUUAUUUGUGAAGUACUGUACUUCAAAAUAAUAAAAUCAUAA